AUUUAAUCUCAAUUACUUGAUUGUGCUAUCUUUUAGAGUACAACUUAUUGUUGCUGAUUAGCAAUUAAACUGCAGCAACAAUUGCAGAGCAAUAAAAACAUGAAGGGUUCGAUGAUAAUCUGCAUGCUGGGUAAUAUUGUUGUAAUUGUAAUUGUGCUGUAAUAUUAUCUUUCUCAUACGCAUCACUAACAAUUUGACAGCGCCUGCGCUUUCUACACUCUCAUUCGUUGUUGAUUUAUUUACAUACACACUGCAUUUGUUGUCAGUUUAAAUGCAACUGCGUUGCGGGCGAAAGUGUUUAUUUCAUAUUCAUAAACCGCUACUGUCUGCACUACACACACGCACACACCAAUACUCUCUCAUUCAAACGGUGAAUGUAUAGCGUGUUUGCUCCAGUUGUUGUUAUUGUUAAGUAAUUGGCGUUACGUGCAUGUGACUUUCCAUUUGCUGUGGUCAAAGCGUGCCUGGCUGUUAAAAUCAAUGGCAUUGCACUAAACGUCAGCGCCUAUCACUACGAAUUGCAAGCGAAUCAAUUGGUGAACGUGCCCGUGGCUAUUGUAUUACAGGAUCAACUGGAUUAUGCGUUAAUAGACAUGGGGCGCUUUAAUAAGACUGGUAAAGUCGUUAGCAAGGCGGCUAAUUUGACUGCAAUAAGCUGGGCUCAUGCUGUUAAUAGUCAACAGCUGCUCGCCGAGGCGUUAAACGCUGACAUUGACAUGAUCGAAGCGGACAUUGUGCUAGGUCAGCUAAAUGGCGAGGGAGAGCAACUGCCUGUAAUGGCGCAUCCACCUGCCAAUAUCUCUGAUCUAACGCUGGAGGACUUUCUGCAUCAGAUUAAGGCACACAAUGAGGUGCACGAAGGCGCUGAGAAGGGCGUUAAAUUGGAUUUUAAAUCCAUCGAAGUGUUUGAGGGCGCGCUGGACAUACUGGAUGCAACCAUACCAAAGAUGAGCUAUCCCAUUUGGUUAAAUGCUGAUAUUAUAAAUGGACCAGUGGAGGCGCUGAGUUCAACGCCUGUGGAUCCAGCGCGUUUCUUUGCCGGCUGCAUGCGCUAUAAGCAAGCUGUACUCUCCAUUGGCUGGACCACGCGCUGGGGUCCCGACUAUCGCGAAGGAAUGUACACCGAUGCACAAUGCAGUGCAAUGUUGCAGUCCAUACAGGACAACAAUGUGACCUCCACAGGUCAACCCAUAACAUUUCCGGUGCGUGCCGGCAUUGCGGCUCAGAGCGAGGAGCAGCUGCAUAAGCUGCUGGCUUCGGUAAACUCUACAAAUGAGUGCACGCUGACUAUUUGGUCCUCUGCCGGCGACUAUGUGGAUGUGGAGCUGCUGCGUAAGCUGAUCUUUAGCUUUGGUGUGGAGCGUGUUUAUCUCGAUGUGCCUGCAGAGCUUGCAGCGCAGCUUGACUUGGGCAAUACGGGCAAGGCUACGGCAACGUUCAACUCCUUGGUGAGCUUUGGCUUUGUUAGCCUUUGCUUCUGGGCCGUGUCCAGUUGGCUGCAAAUGCAGCUAAAAUGAAAAACAAACAUUUCAAAACUUUGUUUCUUUUAGUUUCAAAUUUAUACUUUGCUUUAAGGAAUAUUUGUUUUUGAUUUCUGUUUGUUACAAUAUAAAUUAUCACUUCAUUUGCAUAUGCAUGUAUAUGUGUAUG